AUGGCAUCCACCACCAUCCGUAAGGCCGUCAUCACCGAGUUCGGCGACGAGUCCAAGGUCAAGGUCAUCCAAGACACCAUCGACGCUCCCGCCGCCGACCACGUCCAGAUCGCCACCAUCUACUCCGGCUUCUCCGGCGCCGACAUCAACAUGCGCAAGGGCGUCUACCCGCUCCAGAAAUCGGCCCCGCUAACCCCUGGCUACUGCCUCGUCGGCACCGUCAAGACCAACGGGCCCGGCGCCUCCAAGUUCUACCCGGGCGACACCGUCGCCGCCAUGACCGUGUACGACGCCGAGGCGGAGCUCGUCAACAUCCCAGAGAAGUACCUCGUCCGCGUGCCCAACGGGCUCGACCUGCAGCAGGCGACCGCGCUCGUGCUCGACUGGGGCACCGCGUACGCCAUGGUGCACGAGCACGCCAAGGUCGCCAAGGGCCAGCGCGUCUUCGUCCACGGCGUCAGCGGGGCCGUCGGGUUCGCGCUGAUGAAGCUGUGCCAGCUGCAGGGCGCCGAGGUGUACGGCACGGCGUCGGAGCGCAACCACGCCGCCGUCCGCGCCGAGGGCGGCCACCCGUUCGUGUACACGGACAAGAACUGGAUGUCGGCCAUGAAGGAGAUGGGCGGCGCGGAUGCCGUGUUUGACCCGCUCGGCUUCGAGAGCUGGGACGAGAGCUGGACGAUUUUGUCCAAGAGCGGCAUGCUGAUCGGGUUUGGGGGCAACUUGAACUCGCUCGGCGGGGAUGGUAAGGCGCCGCGGUCGACGGUGGUGCCCACGAUGAAGCUGCUGGCGCGCGGCAUGGUGCCCUUCUGCCCCAAGCGCACGUGGUUUUACUACAUCACCCGGGAUGACGCGACGUUUGAGCCGAACUUGAAAGCCAUGUUUGGAUUGCUGGGCGAGGGCAAGAUUAGGGUGCCUAUCAAGAAGGUGUGGGAUCUGGAGGAUGUGCAGGACGCGCAUCGCCAGUGGGCGAGCGGCACAGGCGUUGGGUCACUGAUCAUUCGUGUUGGCGACGCCAAGCAGCAGUGA